AUGCCGGAGAAGCGCGCGGCCGACGGCGCCGGCGACCGGGCGGACAGCAAGAGGCCGCGCGUGGGCGGCGUCCCCAAGGUGGCCGCCGAUGUUGUCGAGCGGGCGAAGCGCCUCCUCCAGGCGGCCAACAAGCUGAAGAAUGACCCCAAGCUGCAGGCCCUGAAGGCGGGCGCCCAAGGCGUCGCCGGCCCCGCCCGCGCGGAAGCCCUUCCCGCUCAGCCCGUCUUCGCAGUGGUGGGCCCGCCGGCUCGGCCGCAGGCCGCCCCCGUCCAGGCGGCCGCCAGCGAUGGCGCACAGCGCUUCUUCGACCCCCACAUCGGCCUGUCCGGCCUCAAGAAGGCCCUGGUCAAGAAGCGCAAGGCGCUGUGGUUCGUGGAGGAGGGCAAGUUCCAGAAGGACGCAGAGCUGGGCAGGCUGAAGGUGAAGUAUGGGGAGGAGACUGCGCGGAAGAUCAGCCAGGGCAGGGUCAGGGGCCUCAAGGGGGUGGAUCCGGAGGACAUCAAGAGGUUCCUGGACGUGGUGAACAGGAGGGAGGUGGAAGAGGAGAAGGGCGAGGAGGAGGCUGCCGAGGAUGAGGUUAUGGAUGAGGAGCAGGAGGAGGCGGUGGAGGAGGACGUGCCCGACGUUGAGUGGUGGGAUAGGCUGAUCCUGGCGAAUGGGUCGUAUGAGGAGGACCUUGGGGACGAUGCUGUAAGCCUGCGCGAAAACAAGGUGACACUCUAUGUGGAGCACCCCGUGCCGUUGGACCCCCCCGCGGAGCUGCCCCCCCCCGCGCCGCAGCCCUUGAAGCUUACGCAGAGGGAGAUGCGCAAGCUGAGGACUCAGAGGCGGCAGCAGAGGGAGAGGGAGAAGCAGGAGCUCGUGCGACAGGGGCUGCUGGAGCCCCCCAAGCCAAAGAUCAAGAUUUCGAACAUGAUGAGGGUGUUGUCCGAGCAGGCUGCCGCCGACCCCACCAAGAUAGAGAAGGAGGUGCGAAAGCAGAUGGAGGAGAGGGCACAGGCUCAUGAAGACAGGAACCUUGCACGAAAGCUGACACCAUCGGAAAAGAACAAGAAAAAGCUAAAGAAAAUGUUUGAUGAUAACGGCGUCGAUGUCCAGGUGUGUGUGUUCAAGGUCCUGGACCUUUCUAAUCCGAGGAAUAGAUUCAAGGUGGAGGUGAACGCUGUCCAAAACCGACUGACAGGUUGCUGUGUUAUUGGUGACGCAUUUGCGUUGGUGAUCGUGGAGGGCUGCCGAAAGUCGAUUCGAAGGUACCGGAAGCUGAUGCUGGAGCGGGUCCAGUGGGACAAGGCUGAAGAUGCAGAAGUACUGGGUGAAGCUGAUCUGGAAGUGCAGGAAUCAGAAGCUCGGGGAACGGGAUGCUUCUUGUUGUUUGAUGGCUUCAUCAAAGAGCGCAAUUUUGAACAGUUCAAAGUGGAGCAGUUCAAGUCUGGCCUGGCGGCUAAGAAGUAUCUGAACGAGAUGAAAGUUGGGCACUAUUGGGACAUCGCGCUGUCCGUCAAAGGUGGUGAAUUGGUGAACCCUGAUGUGGCAGUGUGA